UCGAUGGAUUACACCCUGGAGCCCAAUGUGACAACAGUAACUGACGACUACUAUCCUGAUAUCUCGUCAAGCCCCUGCGACGGGGAACUUAUCCAAAGAGAUAACAAGUUGUUACUUGCCAUCUUCUACUGUGUCCUGUUUGUAUUCAGUCUUCUGGGGAACAGCCUGGUCAUCCUGGUCCUUGUCACCUGCAAGAGGCUGAGGAGCAUCACAGACAUAUACCUCUUGAACCUGGCCCUGUCGGACCUGCUUUUUGUCUUCACCUUCCCCUUCCAGACCCACUAUCAGCUGGACCAGUGGGUGUUUGGGACUGCAAUGUGCAAGCUGGUCUCCGGUUUCUAUUACAUCGGCUUCUUCAGCAGCAUGUUCUUCAUCACCCUCAUGAGUGUGGACAGGUACCUGGCAGUUGUCCACGCUGUGUAUGCCAUGACAGUGAGGACGGCCAGAACGGGCACAGCCCUGAGUCUGGUCAUGUGGCUGAUUGCCGUCGCGGUCACCAGCCCGCUCCUGGUAUUGUACCAAGUGGCCUCCGAAGACGGCGUUCUACAGUGUUACUCGUCUUACAGUCAGCAGACUCUGAAGUGGAAGAUCUUCAUCUACUUUGAGAUUAACAUCUUAGGUCUGCUGGUCCCAUUCACCAUCCUUAUCUUCUGCUACGUGAGCAUCCUGCACCAACUGAAGAGUUGCCCAAACCACAGCAAGACCAAGGCCAUCAAGCUGGUGCUCAUUGUCGUGGUCGCCUCUUUGCUCUUCUGGGUCCCGUUCAACGUGGUCCUCUUCCUCACGUCCCUGUUCAACAUGAAGAUCUUGGACGGAUGUGUCCUGAGCCAGCGGCUCAUUUAUGCCACCCAUGUCACAGAAACCAUCUCCUUCACUCACUGCUGCGUGAACCCUGUGAUCUAUGCUUUCAUGGGCGAGAAGUUCAAGAAACACCUCUCAGAAAUAUUCCAGAAGAGCUGCGGCCACAUCCUCCUCUACGCAGGAAGACGAAUCCCCAGGCAGGGCUGGGACAGGUCCUCCUCCUCUUGCCAGAACCCCUUGCGAUCCUCCAGCAUAGACUACAUUUUGUGAGGAGGGGGCCCGGAAGCAGGCCUCUGCCUUCCUCCCUGCUCUUCCUUUAGGGGACACAAGUGAUUUCAAGCUAGAGUCUGAGGCUAUGUGAAGGGAGACUCUGAGAACCGGGGUUACGGGGACGCCUGGGCGGUGCAGUAGGUCGAGUGUCUGGCUUCGACUCAGGUCGUGAUCUCACGGUGUGUGAGUUCGAGCCCUGAGUCGGGCUCUGUGCUGACAGCUCGGAGCCUGAAGCCUGCUUCGGAUUCUGUGUCUCCCUCUCUCUCUCUGCCCCUCCCCCACUCA